UUCAUGUACUUUAUGGUUCAGGUACAGUUCAAUCAUAGCAAAACAAGAUUUCUGGUCAGCAAGCAAUCAAAAGGGAAGGAGUGUGAAUUUGAGAAAGAAAGGUGACAACAUCUACCUGAGGGCGAUUUAACACAUUCCAUUCUGACGACAUUUCUUUGCUGUGAUGUGGCUGAUUGUGUCUCCGCCAGUCCUUUCCUCCCAUACCUAGCGGCUGGCGAUGGGGGACAUUCAGAAAGGGAAGAAGGUGUUUGUCCAGAAGUGUUCCCAGUGUCACUCUGUGGAGGAAGGAGGUCGCCAUAAGGUGGGGCCAAACCUCUGGGGGCUGUUUGGAAGGAAGACGGGCCAGGCGCCUGGAUACUCCUACACUCAGGCCAACAUGGAGAAAGGUAUCAUCUGGGAUGAGGAAACUCUGAAUGUCUACCUUGAAAAUCCAAAGAAGUACAUUCCUGGUACCAAGAUGAUCUUCAGUGGGAUUGGAAAGAAGAAAGAAAGAGCAGAUAUUAUUGCCUACUUAAAGGACGCGACCUCCUAAUAUACUGGCACAGAAGGCUGCGCUCAAACAGCUACACACAGAGGGAUUGAAUGAGCUUUUAAAGAGUCAAGAAUGUGCCGUUUCUCUUAUUUUUCUACGCUUAUUCAUUGUAAAAUUAGCCGCUCGACACACACAGGAACACCUAUGCUGAACUUUUAUUUGUUCAAUUAUAUUUAUCUUGUUGGGCUGCACAGUGGCGCAGUUGGUAGAGC